AUGGCGGCUCAGGGUAUGAUGUUGUUAGGGGGUGAUGAAGUCCCCGGGGUAUAUGCUGUUCAUAAUAAGCCUAAUGAGGGUGAGAUUGAAUCUGAUGCCGUAGAGUUGACAGCAGCUUGCAUUGCCGAGUCGGUGGUCGAUAGUGAAGUCAUUGAAAAAGUUGGAAUGGCUUACGAUGAUAUUGAGGCGAUGGUCAAUGAUAUGCCUGUCGUGUCUGGGAGGUUGAUGCCUGGGAAUGUUCCCGUUUCCGUGCUACGUGAUUCAGGUUGUAGUACUUGUGUUGUGAAAGAAGCGUUAGUUAGGAAAGAGCAAUUCACAGGUCGUCAUGUUAGAGUCAGGUUAAUUGAUGAAACGAUAAGGCGUUUCCCCUUGGCAAGAAUCGUUGUCGAUUCGCCUUAUUUCGAAGGAGAGGUUGUGGCAGUGUGUAUGCCUAGAUGUUUGAAUGACGUAAUCAUUGGUAAUGUGAGAGGGGCUCGUCCACCAAAAGAGCCUAAUUUCCAUUGGGUUCCUAAGGCUGACAUAGAGGUCACGCCGGAGGUCGUGCCGGAGGUCACUGGUUUGGAAGAUUCGAAGUUGGAGAGAGAAUUUUCAGAUGAGUUGAAGUCUACCGCUGAGGGCGUUUGUUCUGAUGAGGGCGGUAUUAGAUUACAAGCUGUUCAGACUAGGGCAAAGAAGUUGAGAGAUUCCAAGCCUAGUAAGGGUUUGCCGGUGGCUGACCCAGUUGCUAAUAUUCAGUCAAAUCACUUUCUGCAAGAGCAAAAAGAUGACGUAUCAUUGCGCCCUCUGUGGCAAAAGGUUGAUAAUGUUGACAAGUCGCAAUUCAUGUUUUUGCGUGAGCAAGGUUUUCUCUUUAGGCAGAGAAAGGAUGUCAAUGCUAAGGGUAUAGGUCCUAAAUUACUUGUAGUGCCUAAGCCUCGUAGAGAAGAGCUAAUGCGAGUUGCACACGAUUCUCUUUUAGGUGGACAUAUGGGUAUUAAUAAUACUCUGUCAAAACUCAAGGCGCAGUUUUAUUGGCCUGGGAUGUCGGAAGAUGUAGCCAAUUUCUGCAGAUCAUGUGAUGUCUGUCAAAAGACUGUUGAUAAAGGGCGGGUGCCGAAGGCUAGUCUUGGUCGAAUACCCCUUAUUGGUGUUCCAUUUCAGCGGAUUGCUAUUGAUCUUAUGGGUCCAUUCAUACCUUCUGCCCGUAAGCAUACCCACAUAUUAACCAUAGUGGAUUAUGCUACAAGGUAUGUCGAGGCGAUCCCGUUGAAGUCUAUAUCGACUGUCGAUGUGGCUGAGGCCCUUGUUUCGGUCUAUAGUAGAGUUGGUAUUCCAGCAGAGGUCAUGUCGGACUUGGGUACGCAGUUCGUAUCGGAUUUGAUGCGUGAAGUUUGUAGAUUGUUGUCGGUCAAACAAUUGACCAGUUCUCGGUACCAUCCCAUGUGUAACGGGUUAGUCGAGCGUUACAAUGCGGUUGUGAAAUCGACUUUGAAACGGUUAUGCUCCGAGGAACCAGCUCAAUGGGAUAGGUAUCUCCCGGCUUUGCUGUUUGCUUUACGAGAAGCACCGAGCUCGAGUUUGGGAUUUUCCCCGUUUGAACUUCUGUAUGGGCGGCAUAUCCGUGGGCCAUUGAAUGUCCUGAGAGAGUUAUGGACGACCGAGAAGUUAGAACCAGAGCUCAAGAGUGAAUAUGAAUAUGUAAUUGAGUUGAGGGAGAGGUUGGUGAAAUCUUGGCGAAUUGCGCAAGAGACCCUUAAGUGUUCAGCAAAAAGGUACAAGGGGUACUAUGAUCGUAGGGCUAGAACAAGAAAGUUGAAUGUAGGCGAUGAUGUGCUCAUUCUACUUCCUACUGAGCACAAUAAAUUACUGAUUAGGUGGCAGGGUCCCUACAAAAUCAUAGGAGUCAAAUUUGACUACGAUUAUGUCGUAGAUGUUCGUGGCAUUGCUAAGACGUAUCAUAUCAACUUGUUGAAGCAAUACUAUAGUAGACCCGUGAAUGCCCCAGUAGGUGCUUGCUUUGAAGUCGGUGUUGACGAUGAAGUCAUUGAUGUCAAAGAUGAUGUCGGUGAGGUUGAGGAGACUGAAGUUGAUCCCGAUUGGGGGGAUGAAAUACCCAAAAUGCCAAGUGCAAUUCAAAGUGAAUUCGUGGACAGGGUGGGGAUAGAUGGAAACUUAGAUGAAAAUCAGAAAAAUCAAGUACGAGACAUUCUCUGUGAAUAUCAAGACAUAUUCACUGAUAUCCCUAAGAAAACGUCUGUGUCUAAGUGUGAGAUCAUGUUGACAACUGAUCAACCUGUACGGACUUCACCUCAUAGGCUCUUGUCUGGGAUCGGGACACACACCAUCGUAUCUCAGUCUGCGGAGGCCAAGAAUCCGGAGCGACUACCGGGGCCAAGUGGAGCAAAGACACCGUCUGCGGAGGCCAGGGCCAAGUGGACGACACGAGCUGUGACCGGCGUCGAUAGGUCUAUACGUGUUCUACCUACACCUGCACCAACUGCAGUUCUCCAAACUGGAGGACCAAGCAAAGAAGAAGAAGGUUAA